CCCCAGGGCGCAGGCGCAGACCUCAUGCUAAGCGCCUUGUCUCGCGCAGUGGCCCGGGGAGGGGUGCGCUGCGCCCGCGGUUCCCCGGCGCCCGAGCUUCGCGCCGCUGCCGCUACCAACGCCGCCACCAUGUCCCGGCCGCUGUCGCUGCCGCGGGCCGCUUCCGAGGCCCCGGUGCGGCCCGCCACCGUGCUGGGCACCAUGGAGAUGGGGCGCCGCAUGGACGUGCCCUCCAGCGCCGCGGCCGUGCGCGCCUUCCUGGAGCGCGGCCACACAGAGCUGGACACGGCCUUCAUGUACUGCGACGGCCAGUCCGAGAGCAUCCUGGGCGGCCUGGGCCUCGGGCUGGGCGGCGGCGACUGCAGAGUGAAAAUCGCUACCAAGGCCAAUCCCUGGGAAGGGAAGUCGCUGAAGCCUGACAGUCUCCGGGCCCAGCUGGAGACGUCCCUGAAACGGCUGCAGUGCCCCCGGGUAGACCUCUUCUACCUACACGCCCCAGACCACGACACCCCCGUGGAGGAGACGCUGCAUGCCUGCCACCAGCUGCACCAGGAGGGCAAGUUCAUGGAGCUUGGCCUUUCCAACUAUGCCUCCUGGGAGGUGGCCAAGAUCUGCACCCUCUGCAGGAGCAACGGCUGGAUCCUGCCCACUGUAUACCAGGGAAUGUACAACGCUACCACCCGGCAGGUGGAAACGGAGCUCUUCCCCUGCCUCAGGCACUUCGGACUGAGGUUCUACGCCUACAACCCUUUGGCUGGGGGCCUGCUGACCGGCAAGUAUAAGUAUGAGGACAAGGACGGGAAACAGCCCGUGGGCCGCUUCUUCGGGAAUAACUGGGCUGAGACCUACAGGAAUCGCUUCUGGAAGGAGCAUCAUUUUGAGGCCAUCGCCUUGGUGGAGAAGGCCCUGCAGGCCAUGUACGGCAGCAGCGCCCCCAGCAUGACCUCGGCCGCCCUCCGGUGGCUGUACCACCACUCCCAGCUGCAGGGCGCCCAACGGGACGCGGUCAUCCUGGGCAUGUCUAGCCUGGAGCAGCUGGCACAGAACUUGGCGGCGACCGAGGAGGGGCCCCUGGAGCCGGCCGUGGUGCAGGCCUUCGACCGAGCCUGGCACCUGGUCGCCCACGAAUGUCCCAACUAUUUCCGCUAGGGCCAGUCCUGACUUGAGAUGGCAGAGGGCCUCCUCCCUGUCACUCUUUGACCUUCUUACCCUGGGCUUUAAAUGGCUUUAUUUGGCCUGUGCUGUUCUCCGGUCCCCAUUCACGAGCUGUUUAUUUCCUCCGCAGCUGCAGUGCUCCCGGCUGCCUUCACGUGAGAAGGCUGGGCUGUGACCCAUGUCGGGGGGUCCUGCCUGGACAGAGAAGGUGCUAGACCCAACCGCGCACCCGCUCUGGCUGCGCGGCCUGGGGCUUAUCCUUCCCAGGGCUUGCGGGGAGGGGGCAGGAGCACAGGCUUCCUGGCUUCCCUCCGGAAUCCAGCCCAACCUCUGGACGUGGAAGCUGGCAGUGGCCCUCACUCCGUCACACGUAAGAGAAGGAGAGCUGGGUGCCCUGAAGAUUUUCUCUCAUUCUGAGUUCGUUUCACAAAGAACACCUUGGGCAAAAACCUACUGUUAAGAGUCACUCCCAAGAAUAAAAGUUCCCAGAAUGCUGUGAA